UCAUUCUGUUUCCGGAAUUGCGCCGCCAUUGAAACUCCAGCAACCAACGUGAGAUUUUCGUUGCCGCGCCAAUAAUUAUUGCGUUUAAUAUUAUAUAGAACUCCUUUUUCUAAUAAUAUCCCAAUAUUAUUUGUGAGAAUGGCGUACAGAGGACAAGGACAGAAGGUUCAGAAGGUCAUGGUGCAGCCUAUUAACCUUAUUUUCAGGUAUCUACAGAAUCGUUCUCGAAUCCAGGUAUGGCUGUACGAACAGGUCAACAUGCGGAUAGAGGGCUGCAUCAUUGGAUUUGAUGAGUACAUGAACUUGGUUUUGGAUGACGCAGAAGAGGUUCACAUGAAGACCAAGAACAGGAAGCCUCUGGGGCGGAUUAUGUUGAAGGGAGACAACAUCACAUUGCUGCAGAGUGUGUCCAAUUGAUUGUCUGUUAGGAGUUUUGUCUGAAUAUUUUUUUUGCUGUUAGAUUGUUGGUUUUACUUUUUGUUUGUCAAUAUUUUGAAUUUUGACUCAUGCUUAUAAUUGUGAAAACAGUUUUGCUUUUCUAAAACUCAAAAAUAAACAAUUUUUCACUGAGA